AUGGAAUCAAUCAGCUGUCAAACAAAAGAUGAUUUAACUAUCAGUACAAUCCAUUUGGUCGAUCUUGCUGGUAGUGAACGUGUUAAUCGAGCGAAGACAGUUGGUGAACGAGUGAAAGAAGCGGGCAAUAUCAGUUCAUCACUGAUGGUUCUUCGCCGAUGUUUUGAAACUCUUCGAGAAACCCAGGUCGAACAAUCCGGCACGGAAACGGCCGGUUCCGCGGUAUUCCGGAGAUUUCAUGGAAGCAGUAUUCCCGAUGAGUGGAUCCGGUAG